GAUUUUAAUUGGAUUUAAUCUGAAUUCUUCUUUGAUAUUUAUGAAUCGAUCAGCAAUUUACAUAGCAUUGAGUAAGUAUAUGAUAAUUCUUGCAAAACAUUAUAGUUUUGCUUUUGAAUGGCAUAUAUGUUUGCCAUACGAAUUAUACUAUAAGAAAUAUUCAACAUAUUCUCAUAUGAAAACGUAAGGUUUAUAAAAAUAUUUGAACUUAUGUAAAGUUUAUCAGGAUGCAUUCAUAAUCAGAUAUACUACUAGUAGAACGAAACAUGCAGAAUUUUGGGCGAAGCCUUACCCAAUUAUCAUGUCCCUUUUUUAGUUUGAUUUUUCUAAUAUAGAUCAGAUCACAUCAACAUCACCAUCGUCAUCAUCGUCAUCGUCGACAACAUCGUUAUCAUCAACAACAUCAUCAUCAAAAACAACAGCAGUACCAGGAUGGACAAUUAUAGGAAGCAUGAAUGUCGCACGACAAUACCACACAGUAGCCACAUUAGCAAAUGGAUCAGUGUUAGUUACUGGUGGAUCCAACGGCACUGCUAAUCUCAACAGUGCUGAAUUGUAUAAUCCAUCAACAGGGAUUUGGUCAGCCACAGGCAGCAUGAGUGUCGCACGAUAUUUUCACACAGCAUCCACAUUAACAAAUGGAAAAGUAUUAGUUUCUGGUGGAGCUAACAGUGCUGGUGUUAUCAGUAGUGCUGAAUUGUACAAUCCAUCCACAGGCGCUUGGACAACUACAGGAAGCAUGAGUGUCACACGAUGUUCUCACACAGCAUCCACAUUAACAAAUGGGUCAGUAUUAUUGGUUGGUGGAUUCAACGGUGGUUAUCUCAAUGGUGCUGUGUUGUACAAUCCAUCAACAGGUACUUGGACAACCACAGGAAGCAUGAGUGUCGCACGAGAAGUUCACACAGCAUCCAUAUUAGCAAAUGGAAAAGUAUUAGUUACUGGUGGAUCGAGCAGUACUGGCGUUUAUGUCAAUAGUGCUGAAUUGUAUAAUCCAUCAACAGGCACUUGGACAGCUACAGGAAGCAUGAGUACCGCACGAGGUUAUCACACAGCAUCCACAUUAGCAAAUGGAUCCAUAUUAGUUACUAGUGGAUUGAACAGUGGUGGUUAUCUUAAUAGUGCUGAGUUGUACAAUCCAUCAACAGGUACUUGGACAAUUACAGGCAGCAUGAGUGUCGCACGAGGUUAUCAUACAGCAUCUACAUUAGUAAAUGGAUUUGUGUUAGUUGCUGGUGGAUACAAUGGUGCUUUUCUCAAUAGUGCUGAAUUAUACAAUCCAUCAACAGGCACUUGGACAACCACAGGAAGCAUGAAUGCCACACGACAAUAUCACACAAUAUCCAAAUUAGCAAAUGGAAAAGUAUUAGUUACUGGUGGAACCAACGGCGUUCCUAUCAAUAGUACUGAGCUUUAUUAA